UUUUGAUCAGGGAUUUCGCGCCGGAACCGUCAUCAAUAUUACGUAACGUGCCGCGGCCUUCUCACGUGAUCUACUCAAUGACUCUUGUCUUCCGCAGCCUGUCCUGGCCGGUGGCACCUCACAAUCCAUUUGUUCGCCGACGUUUCUCGCUGAAUUUUCUUCAACCCGCACAUAACAACGAUCAACUUAUGAAUGUCACAUUCUUGGGCACAUCCUCCGGGGGAGGGCCGUCAGAAUCGAGAAAUUGCAGCUCGCUGGUGCUGGAUUGUUUACUGCGCGAUGGCAAGCUGUGGAUGGUAGACUGCGCUGAGGGAACGACGCGUCAGUUCGCCUUCCAACCCCAGGGCUCACCGUGGCUCAAGGCUGCCUCUGUGUCCAAGAUGUUUGUCACGCACAUGCAUGCCGAUCACACCAUGGGAAUUGUUCCUCUGCUAAGAAAUAUCCUCUUCGCUCCCUCCAUCGAUCCUACUGCAGUAGUGUCCAUAAGCCCACAGCCCCGAAUCGAGAUAUACGGACCGGCUGGCAUCCGGACCUUUGUACGAUCCAUCAUGAAAAUGACCUUGACGCGAACGGCGCACAGAUACGUGGUGCAUGAGUUGUUGACGCAGCAAGAUGCUUUGACAUCUUGCGACUCUGAAGUGAUGCAUUCGAGUGAAGUAGCGGGCAGAGAUAUUGUAUGCACAGGCGACGGGUUUUGGAAAGGCUUCACGGAGGAUGCCGGCCACAGCCAUGAUGUUGUCGUGGAUGCAGGCCCGAUAUCUCAUCGCGAUCCUUGUUUGGGCUAUGUCUUUCGCGAGACGAACGGCUCCGCCCGCAAAAUUGUUGUGUUGGGCGAUACUUACGAUGCUUCUUCCAUCGUCCCUUUGUGCAUACAUCCUAGUCCCUCGUUGGUUGUGCACGAGGCCACCGAUGCACACAUCCCACGCGAGUUGGGGCCUCAGCACCGCAGAACACCAGAAACCGUUUUGCGUGCAGCUCUGGCGCGAGGACACUCCAUUCCCACGAUGGCAGGCGAAUUUGCGAAGAAAGUCAGUGCCGAGAGGCUAGUGCUCAACCACAUUGGCAGCAGAUUUCCUGCUCCUCGGUAUGAGAGAGAUCAGCGGAGAAGAGUUAUGCAUGAGAUUGAACGGCAAGCUACGGAGGCAUGGGGAUCGGGACAUCAGGCUAUAGCAGCUUGGGAUUUUAUGCGUGUGGCUAUUCCAGCGGUUCAAGAAAGCAAGCACACUUGAUGUUAGCUACAACUUCGCUACGUAUAAGUUUGAGCCUGGUGCUUUUCGUUCAGGGUCUCGCAGUGAGAGGUGACUUGCGAGCGGGGCGUUGAUGGAUCUUUCAGUGCUGCGCCCGACUUGCUGCGAAUCAAGCCCCCGAACUUCUAUAAAAAGAAUGAGCAACAAAAGUUCGCCAUGAGAUGCAAACGAACCCAAAAGCAGAAUGGGAUUGGCAUCAACACAAGCCAGAGUGCGCCAAAAACACAGAGCGCCAGCGAGUCUCCGAGACGGGUGAACAUAGAAGGAACCCCUUGCGGCAGAAAGGCGGCAACAAAUGAACGCAUUACUAUCGUAGAUGCCACUGCGCUGGCUAGAUAGAGAUUGUAGGUAUCGGUCAAGUACAUCGUCAGACCCGUUAGAACUUGUGCGAUCCCGGUACCAAAGAAGACGCUGCCCGUAAUUGGAAUGAUCCAGUGUAUCGAAGGCGACGCGGUCCUCAAAUUGGUACCUUGUGAAUUUGACGGUGACAGCUCGUAAAAGGCAACUCACAACGCAAACCAAAACAGCCCCACAGGAAAAAGAACACUCCCAAACAUAGCUUGGUGCAGCCGGCUGAUGAUAAGGCCGGGUCAGACAUGCCAUUGGGAGACAAUGAUGUUCUUACGCUUCAGGAGGUGCAAAUCCAGC